AUGACAUCAGUGUGGAAUGUCAAAUGCAAGGAGCGUGUAUUCGAAUUGCGGCACAUACAAUACAAAAAAUGGCCAGAUCAUUCAGCUCCAAGUGACACCGUGGGAGCGGUAGAACUUCAUCGUUUGAUUCGGAACUGUCCGAAGGGUCAUCCUAUUGUAGUGCAUUGUUCCGCUGGAAUUGGAAGAACUUGUACGUUAAUAGGUAACUGA